AGCUGCUCUCUUCAGCAUCUCUGAAGGGAGAUGGAGCACAGACUUUUUGUCGCUUGGCAAGCUUUGAAAGAACGUAAGCAGCAUAUGUGCCAGCACAGCCUGAACCAGACGGAACACUAAGAAAGGGAAGGGUACUUCUAGCAGAGCAUGCUGGCUUAUGGCUUCAAGCAGGAAAGAGGAGAAGUGAACAGCAAAGGAGAAGAGUUUCUUCUUGACCAAAGUUGCCUUUUGGUAAAAAAAAAAAAAUCCACCAAAGAUGUUAGAGGAGUAUUCUGCCUAAGUAUUGCUUCUAUGAAAUUGCCUUUCAGAUUUGAGAGAAGAAACGCCGGACAUCAAGUACAGUUGCUUGAAAGUUAAUAUGAAGAACACAUGAUGAAUUGCAUGCUUUUAUUAACUCGUCUUUGCAUCUCUAAAGCAGAGGUAAAGUUUUCUUUCAGUUUGUGGUUGGAGAACAUUUUCAUUUCCAGGACUAUACUAAGGCCUUUUAGAUGCAAUUUGUGUUUCUCUUGUGUUUUAGCGCUCCACGAGAUGCAGCAUGAGAUGGUUUCAAUCAAAGCCUAACUGACUAGAUAAUAUUUUUUGGCUGAGGCUUUCAGUUGUUCAUGCCUUUUCAGCCUGAACACCAACGCUCACGAUGAAGACCUACAAUUAAGCUAGAUUGCUCAUUUUAUGGGGAAAAAACGACUGCAUGAAAGAUGGUGAAGUCUGACUGAACAGGUUGGAUUGUGAGUAAUUUAAACAUUUGAAGCGAAGGAAUGAUUUGCGGUGUCUGUGUGCUGGAAACACUUACGGCUGCCAGUGUUGUUUUGAGGAUUCAUGUGGGCUGGUUAAUGCUCCUGGAGGAUUCAGAGGCAUUCUUAUGGAUCUGAGGGGUGAAUAUCUACCCCUUCAGGGUGAGACAACUACUGCUGACAGCAUCUCUGCCACCCUACCUUCCCCCAGCCCAGGGGCGAAGCAGGGUCUUGCAACCGGCUUUAAGAAGGUGCUUCGGACGGAGGAGGACAGUCCAAGCCCGUUUCCAGGGCUACUGCCUGGCGUCCUGGAGAUGAGGGUCAAAGAAGGUAGCAAGAUUCGCAACCUGAUGGGUUUCGCCAUGGCCCGGAUGCAAAGUGAUCCCGGAGACAGCGGUCAGGCUGGACUAAGACAGGUGGUGUUCACAGGGUCAGGCCGAGCAGUCACCAAAACCAUCACCUGCGCCGAGAUCAUGAAGAGGAAAGUGGGCGGACUGCACCAGCUGACAAAACUGCGGUACAAAGGCGUGCAGGAGGUGUGGGAGAGUCAGGAAGGAGGUGAUGCAGAGAUGACUAUCCACAGGACUGUGCCGUCCAUCAGUAUCCUGUUGUCCAAGGAUCCACUGGACCCUCUGGAGCCGGGAUACCAGCCCCCAGAGACCCAGACCGCUCUCUGGGAGGAGAGAGAAGGUGCUGAUGUACCACAGCCAGCAGCGAAAAGAUCAUUUGACCAGACUGUUAGCGAGCCACAAUCAAAAAGAUUCUGUCCUCAAGAUCUACAAGGCUUUCCAGGAAGUUCAAAGCGUGUGGCCCACAAACUGCUUUUUUGCCAGAUUAGACUUCCCUGCAGUGUGUUGAGAUAGGACAUCCAUCAUUUCAGGACAAAGAUGACAGAAUGUCUGCGGGGCGUCUCAUCUGAGUUAAGUUCUUGAGCCAUGACUGAGUUUAUAAUACAUUUUUUUUUUUUUUUGCGUUCAUGUGUAACCUGAGGAUGUUUCUGCUGAUCAUAAUGAAAAUCUCUAAAGCCUGAAGACCACUUAAUGCAUUUAAUUUAUCAAAGUGUUUCUGACAUCCCUGUAAUAGGUUUGUACGACACAUCACAGUGCAGUCCAAUUUUGAGAAUGUACCCCCAAUCUCUUCGUGGUGUUGCACAUGGCUGUGAACAAUAGGGAUGAAUUCUUUAGAAACCUUCCAAAUGGUAUUCCAGUGAUCUUCACUGCUUCUGUUGUCUGCAGCAGACAUAUAAUUAACCUUCCUGUCCAACUCAGCAAAUGAAUCAAAGCGCUGCGCUGAACCCGAGGUUGUGAGGAGGAAGUGAUUGGAGUGGCCGCUGACUGCAAAUGGAACAAACCAGCCGAAUGCUGUAGACAAACAAGAGGUUAUUGUGAGUGCUUUUAUCACUGCCUUAACAGCUUUCACCCCAAACACAGUGCUGUCUUUAUAGGCCUGCUUCUAUAUCUCACUCACAUAUACGUAUACACAUGGAGGUGCUCACGGAUUUUGACAUCAGCUGAAUCCUGAGCUAUCCAAUAGAGACUUAGUUAAACUGAAGAAAAGGGCUGAGGACAAUGACAAAGGAAUUAGAAAGGAGACAGAUGCUGCAUCAUUCUCUUCGCACAAUACUGCAGUUGCAAAAAGGCAUCUUUUGUGCUAUACAGUCUGCUACCAAUGUCCCUUUCAAAACACAUAACUGAUCCUUUUAUCUGUUGGUUAAAUGGGCCUCUCCACUCCUUCACUGUGAUAUGAAUUGGUUUAUAUGUAUUUAUAAAACUGUCCUUGGUCAUUCACCCAAUUAUUUAUGUCAACUACCACAGCAAGUGUCUGAUAAACUGUAAUUGACAGUUUGUCAGCCUAAAAAACAUCUUUCAUGUAGUAACACGCAGUUUAACUAGUUUUAUUCAACUCAAAUAAAUACUUUGAAUGAAAUGAUGCAAAGGGAAAUUUUAGGCUACAUGAACAAAAUCAUCAUUUUCAUCAACUCAAAUCUCAGAAAGGUUUUUAAUCAACUUCUGCCCUGUUCUAUUUUUACAGUGUCCACAGUGCACAUGGCCUUUAUUCUGAGACAGCAACAUCAGGAACAUCAUCAGGAGGCUAGAGCCUACGUACAGUAAUACGAACGUAAACCUGCCUAAACAGUUUGCCGCUGCACCCACUUUGCAUAUUGAUAUGUCAUGCUUUAUAUGUCAACAUUUAAAUGCAAGAACAAAUAUUAAUAGAAAUACAAAUGUUAUACAUUUUCAGUGUAAUGUUUCAGUUUUGUUACGUAUUACAGUAGUUAUAUAUUUUAGCAAAACUCCCAGCAAUGAUAAAUAUGAUACAUAUUUAGAAGAAAAAGGAAGACCUAUUAAUUACAGUAAUAGCAACAAAUGAACAUAGAACUAUAGAGAAUCAUUGAAGAAUAUUCCAGGGCAGGUUAGUCCUUCUUUCUUUUACUAAACAGUAAUCAAUUUUUGGUUUAAUUAGAGUUUUAAUUAGAGCUAUACAAUAACUCAUAACCAACAGCUCUUUUACAUCUCAGCUAUAUGCUUUUUUAACAACAAUCCUGAAAUUAUCUCUAAUAAUUUCAAAAAGUGGAGAGGAUAAGACUUAAAGCCACUGCCAAAGCAUGCAAAGAAACAGAUGGACUACAGUCUGUAACUGUUGAACUACAAGGUGUACAUGUAUUGUAACUAGAGCUGAUACAGUAAACAAAAAGUGUAUGUCUGUUGUUUGGGGUGAGUAACAGAGAGUAUGUUGAGGGAACAGAAUAUCGUAGAAUAUCUUGCUGUAGAAAGGGAGAAAAGUCAAAUUAGGGUGUCAAAUUGGGCAGUUAUUGCUUAAAAAUCAAAAAGAAUAUGUAUAGAAUAAAUUAUUUCUGUGGUAAGACAUACAUUAGUAUGCAAAACUUUUGCCACCCCUAGUCAAAUGAUGUUUUGAUUUUCUAAGUGAAACUAGACUGUCCUCUACAGAGAACAUACUUUUUAAAAUACAAUUAAUGAGUAUUUGCUAAAAUAACAUAAAUUGUGGCCUGUGUGAAAGUUAUGGAAUAUUUUAUAUUUUAUUGUCUUUCCAACAUAUUAAACCUAAACGAAGAGAAAUUGUGCCCUACAAUUUGCCAUGUUUAUGUGUGGUCUCCGUGGUUUCACUUAGAAAAUCAACACAGGGGGUGCCCAAACUUUUGCAUGCAGCUGUACAUCUGCAGGGCUGGAAAUGUAUUAUUGAAAGGGAACUGUCUUUUACAUGUUGAGAUAGCUGACUGGAAAAGAGUACCGACUUCUAGUAUCCACACAGAGAUGCUCUAAUGAAGUGUGAAAGAGUGUGUCUGUGAGGCUCUGGUGGAAAGUCUGGAAGAAGAAGGAGAAGAAGAAGCAAAAGAAGAAGAAGAAGCAGUAAUAGUGUUUAAUAUUCUGGAAUACCUGUGAACUGUCCCUUUGUAUUUAAUGUUGGCACAGCCAACCUUUCCAUAGCCCUUACUCAGUUGAAAAUAAAUUCAUUUGACCCUCUGA